AUGACGUUGGCAUCGUCUAUGGAACAUAAGGUGGACUUCCAAAUCUACCAGACACCACCGUUCAUCGAUCACAACAACGCUGACGCACUCCCUCCAAAAAUAACACAAGAUAGUGAGAGUUCGGUUGUAGAAAAUGACGCUAACCAGCCACUGUACAACGCUGAAAUCUACGGAAGUCUUCGCAAAGGUGGUGCGGUCAACUUCUUCUCAAAGAAAUGUGUCGGUCUCGUUGCAGCCACAUUUGCGUCGGCAUUUUCGGUUGAGUGCCUCAACUGCGUCAUCAAUCCAAUGUUAAAAAAGCAUUUUAGCUUGAAACCUGCCAAGUUGGCAGCUUCUCAACGACUGACGUCGAUUCCUUUAGCAUUCUGCUUUUUUUUCGGGUUAGUGUCGGAUUGCUACCCUAUUUUGGGGUUCCGCCGUAAAGGGUACUUGAUGAUUGGUUUAGCGACAACGGCCUUGAGUCUCUUCGUCCUCUCAGCAUUGGAUGGGUACAUAGUAACUCUUGAAGAGGGCACUGCGGGGACUGGAUUAGCCGCGACUAUUAUCCUUUUCGCGACAUUGGCAAGUACUGGAAACAUGGUAACAGAUAUGUGUGUACACACCCGAGUGCUCGAGCUAUCUCAACGUGAAAAGCUAAUUAUGCGCGGCGCUAUCAUAGCGACAUAUUCAAUUUUCAGAUUCUUGGUGUGUAUUAUCACGGACGCUUGUGCGUACGCGUUUAAGGUCACCAAGACGAAAAAUCAUAUCGCGCUAAUUGCAUUUGGCCUCGUGAUUGGGAUCUCGAUUCCACUGGUGUGGAAAGCUUGGCAGGAGAAGUACUACUCCCUCUCGACGCCAAUGAAGACUCGUGGCCAAAUCCUGUGGAAGGUCAUGCAGCAGAAAGCGGUGUGGAGAAUUCUUCUGUUUAUGUGCCUUUUCACUUUGUUCGGAACUAUCACAUUUAGUCUCCCUACAGUAAUUAUUGCCGUUUGGUCGGGGGCUAGCGGGGAUGAGAGAUUUGUGCUUCAACUCAUGUACUACGGAGCGGUGGUGUUGACGAUUGCAGUGUGGCGCUACUACUUUAUGAAUCGACCCUGGCGCAUUUUCUUUGCCAUGUCCACCGUUCUACUCAUCGUUCCUCAAGUGAUUUUGGCUGUUGUCGUGUCCAAAGAUAUCAUUCGAAAUCGAUUCUUCUACCGCUUUAUGACUCUGUUCCUGAGUAUCGCGGACGGCAUUAGUUGGCUAGCGCGUGUUGUUCCAUUGACAGAGAUCAUCCAAGAAGGCUCAGAGGGUGCCAUGGUCGGACUGAUGCUGUCUACGUACUAUUUGGUCUCCAUGUUCGUAGAGACCAACGCAACUGGGCUGUUUACAGGCACUAACUUUUACAACACGGUAGAAAUUGUAUUCGACAAACCCGAUGGGCGAUCGGGUGUACUCAAAGCAUUGCUUAUUAAUUACGCCAUCAACGCGUUGCAGUUCACGGGACUGUUUUUUCUGCCACGACAAAAGCUUGACACUCAGCAGCUUCGCAGUUACGGCGGGUACACCAAGUGUACCAGUGCUGCUAUCGUCGCAUUUGCGCUGAUGUUUUUUGUGUACACAGUGACUGUCACUGCGUUUACAUUAAAUCCAUCGACGUCUUGCAUGGACAUUGCUGGUGGAGAUGGCUGCUAA